AGAUGAGCAACAGCCAGGCCUAGAGCUACUCCGAGGUGUGAAGGGUGCCAGUUGCUUCUGCAGGUUGCCUGCCAUUGAGGUAUGAGACAGGGAGAGGAAGACACGGGCUCCAGUUUGUCCUGGUGAGGUGGCUCACACUUGUAAACCCAGCACUUUGGGAGGCCAAGGUGGAAGGAUCGCUUAAGUGUAGGAUUCAAGACUGGCUUUGGGCAACAAGCUCUGGCUAGGACUUCCAGUACUUGGUUGAACAGUAGAGGAAACAGCUCCAGGAGAUGGAAAACCAGCUGCCUUCAUCAGAAACUCACAGGUGGCAUUUCUAUGGGGAGUCAACACAAGAGUCAACUUUCCUCACAAUCUGAAUGAAAGCCCUCUCCCCAGAGGCUGUUUGGGCUGCCGGGAAUCUACGGGAAUCCGUGCAUCUACUUCUUACCAAGGUCGCUCUGCAGAGUUACUGCCAGGGGCCAGGUGGCCUGGCACGAGAUCUGAGAUUCGGCAUCCUUUGCCGGCUGCAAACAUCAGCCCCUCAUGCCUGGCAGGUCAUUGAGAGUGAGGAGCUGGGAAGAGCCCUCUCUCUGUCCACACACUGAUCAGCUCCUAGUCUGGAAGUCUGGGGACAAGGAUCAUGAGAGACUCCAGAGCCUCAUCUGUGUCAGUGCUAAGGGGAGCGUGGCACUGACAUCCCUGGAGAUAAUCAGGUCUACAAAUCUUAUAAUUCUGCUGGAGGAUGAAAUCUUUGCCGACUUUUUCAACACAUUUCUUUCUCUCCCGGUUUUUGGUCAGAUGCCAUUUUAUACUGUUGAAAAUUCACAGUGGAGCUUGUGGCCAGAAAUACCUUGUAACUUGAUUGCCAAAUACAAAGGAUUAUUGACCUGGUUGGAAAAAUACCGAUUACCUUUCUUCUGUAAAACAAACUUGUGUUUCCAUUACAUUCUUUGUCAGGAGCUCCUCAGUUUCAUUAAGUCCCCAGAAGGAGCCAAGAUGAUGAGAUGGAAAAAGGCAGACCAGUGGCUACUCCAGAAAUGCAUUGGCGGGGUCAGAGGGAUGUGGCGCUUCUGUUCCUACCUCACAGGCAGCGCAGGUGAAGAACUGGUGGAUUUCUGGAUUCUUGCUGAGAAGAUCCUGAGCAUAGAUGAGAUGGACCUGGAAGUGAGAGACCACUACCUGUCCCUUCUUCUCAUGCUGAGGGCCACUCAUCUGCAGGAGGGCUCCAGGGUAGUAACCCUCUGCAACAUGAACAUCAAAUCCCUCCUGAACCUCUCCAUCUGGCAUCCCAACAAGUCAACUACCAGGAGGGAGAUCCUGAGGCACAUGCAGACAGUGGCUCUGUUCAAACUGCAGAGCUACUGGCUUCCCAACUUUUACACCCACAGCAAGAUGACCAUGGCCAAGGAGGAAGCAUGCCAUGGUCUGAUGCAGGAGUAUGAGACUCAAUUAUACAGCGUUUGCUACACCCACGUAGGAGGACUUCCUCUGAACAUGAGCAUCAAGAAGUGCCACCACUUUCAGAAGCAGUACUCAUGCAGGAAAGCCAAGAGGAAGAUGUGGCAAUUGGUAGAUCCUGACUCUUGGUCUCUGGAAAUGGACAUCAAGCCAGAUACUAUCAGUAUGCCCCUACGGGACACAUGUUCUGAAGAGAAGGUGAUUAUACAAAUGCCUUCCCUGAAAACGUCUUCUUCAAAGGGAACAAGAAUCAGUUCCCUGGAAAAGGAAACGCAUUGUGCAAAAACAUCCAGUGUAAAGGAUAAAGCCAACAGCCACCUUCACAUGGAGGGUCUCUUUGAGACAAAGGUCUCUACCCACCUGAGGACUGUCACCCCCAUGGUCAACCCCUCCUUCAAGAUGACAAUUCAGAAGGCCAUCAAGCAAGGCUUCUCCUUAGGAUACACCCACUUGGCCUUGUGUGCUGAUGCCUGUGCAGGGAACCCUUUCCGGGACUACCUGAAAAAGCUGAAUUUGAAAGUGGAGACCCAACUUCUUGACCUCUGGCAGGACCUGCACCAUUUCCUCAGUGUCCUUGUGAAUAAGAAGAAGAAUGGGAAUACAGUCUUUCGUCACUUGCUGGGUGACAGAAUCUGCGAGCUCCACCUGAAUGAGCAGAUUGGUCCAUGCUUACCACUCAAAUCCCAAACCAUUCAGGGCCUGAAGGAACUCUUGCCUUCUGGAGAUGUGAUCCCCUGGAUUUCUAAAGCCCAGAAGGAGAUUUGCAAGAUGCUCCGUCCCUGGUAUGAUAAAUCCCUGGAUGAAGAGGACUACUGGUUUCUCAUUUUUACAACACAGAACAAGUUCAUCAGCUCCAGACGGCAUAAAAAAGAAUUUAUAGGCAAAGAAGAGAGCGUUCUUCUUUAUAAGAGGAUUCAGCAGUCUUUGGAGUUAAGCCAGGCUUUGGCUGACAUGAAGGAAAUGGACUCUAAGCAGUGGCGAAAGAUAGCUACGGAGGACCUGAAACGAGGAGGGUCUCUCCAGGUGGAGCUGGCGUCUCCCGUGUUUCUAACAGACAUAACUAAAAUGUCCUUUGAGGAACUCUGCUACAAGAAUCCAAAGAUGGCCAUAGAGAAGAUCAGCAAUGACUACAAAAUGUACUGUGAGAAAGCACCUAAAAGCGAUUUUGCAAUGGAAAUUAUCGAGAAACAAAAGAGAGUUUCACACUCAAACAGGAAAAUGUCCUUCCUCAAAAAAACUAGUGUAACUAAACCAUCAACGAGACCCAGAAACUUGGCAGAAGUCCUCUUAAAUACACAGCACUUGGAGUUCUUCGGGGAGUUUCUCGAAGAACGGAAUGCUGGAAGCCCAUUGCAAUUCCUGAUAGCUGUACAGAAGAUCAGUAUAGAGACCAAUGAAAAGACUUGCAAGUCUCUCAUAGAAAAAGUAAUCAAGACUUUCUUCCAUGGCCGUCUCUCUCCUGAAGAAAUGCUGCAGUAUGAUGCCCCUAUCAUAAAAGAAAUCGCUCGCAUGCAUCAUGUCACCGUGACCAAAGUAUUAGAGCUCCAGGGACAUAUUAUGAAAUCUAUAGAAGAAAAGUGGUUUAAAGAAUAUCAAGACCUGUUCCCACCUCGCCCUCAGGAGGUGGACGUACGAAGUGAAGUACAACGUUCAUCUAGGAAACCCUCAAAGAGAGUGUCAGCUUUCCUACAGGAAUCCCAGAAGAAAGGCUGGCUGAGGAUGAUCAGCUUUAUCAGGAGCUUUUGCAAGUACCGCAGAUUUAUGUCGAAUCCUAGUAAGCGCCAGGAAUUUGAAGACUAUCUUCACCAGGAAAUGCAAAAUAGCAAGGAAAAUUUCACCUCACCACACAGCACCUUGGGCCGUCCAGCUCCACCCACCGCAAGCAUCCGGAGCGCAGACCAAGAGAACGGAGAAUCGACCCUCGUAAAGCGCCGUAUAUUUGGACACAGGAUUAUCACUGUCAACUUUGUGAUCAAUGAUCUAUAUUUCUUUUCUGAAAUGGAGAAAUUUAAUGAUCUGGUGAGUUCAGCCCAGGUGCUGCAGGUCAACCGGGUAUACAACAAGAAUGAUGUGGUCCUAAUGCGGUCCAAAAUUAACAUUAUCCAAAAGCUCUUCCUGAACUCUGACAUCCCUCCAAAGCUGAGGGUGAAUGUCUCUGAAUCCCAGAAGGAUGCCAUCCUUGCUGCCAUCACAGAGGGCUACCUAGAUCGGAGCAUCUUCCACGGGGCUAUCAUGUCUGUCUUCCCCGUCAUUAUGUACUUCUGGAAAAGGUUUUGUUUCUGGAAGGUGACCCGCUCUUACUUACAGCAUAGGAGGAAGAAGUUCAAGGACAGAAAAAGCCCUCCUAAAUCUGUGAACAAGUAUUCCUUGUGGAGUGGAGGAGACAAUGCCAUCUUAAGGUUCACCUUGCUCAGAGGUAUUGAGUGGUUGCACCCUCAACGGGAAGCAAUAAGUUCAGCUCAAAAUUCUUCAUCAAGCAGCCUUAUUCAGCCAAGACUCAUGAUAUCUGCCAUGCAGCUGUAUCCUGUCCAGGGACAGAAAUUAUCCUACAUCAAAAAAGAGAAGAAGUAAGUAAGCCAGACCCCCAACAGAGGCAGAUCAUUGCUCAGAGGCCUCCUAACACUGACAGAACCUUCUCUGGUCAAAAAUGAAAGGCCCUAGUGCCAUCUUCCCCAGGAAUGAUGAAGAAGGGUAAUGGGGUAACGGCCCAGAUAUGGCAGGACCAGACUGCAGUGGGUAAGACUUGGGCAGAGCAUGAGAGGAAGUGCUUCUUUCCACAGUGGGCUGGGUCAGGAGACCUGGGCUCUAGGUCUCGCUCUGCAGCUUCAUGGCCUUGCGCAGAUCCUGGCUCAGAUUGUUAAAGAAUCCCAUGAAAAAUGGAUGUCGAGAUCGCUGAAUGCAGUCAGGAACAAGGUGCUAUAAUUAUCAACAGGGACAGAUGGCACCUUUUAAUGGUAGGGCCUCCCAUUUGGACAGUGACUCACACCAUUGUCUCAGGAAGUCCUCACAACAACGCUGUGGGUGCCACGUCGGAAAUCAUUUAUUUUUAAAGCAUAGAGAAGGUAAGUGACUUUCUUAAGAUGACUAGGCAGUAAAUGGCAGUAUCUGGGCUGGAACACACUUCUGAUGUUUUGUCCCAUUCUUGUUCCAUGCCAACCAUUUACACAACUUUUCAUGCACAAAAGGAAUUGUUCUUCCUGAGAGUUCUGUUCAUUUGCCAACUACCAGAUUUAAAAAAAAAAAAACUUUAAAGGUUUCGAGCUAAAGCCCUGAACUAUUGUCACAAUUUUAAAUGAAUAGGCCUAUUUUCUCUCCUUUGAAAAAAAAAAUCAGAAAUAAAAUGAUUCAGAAUUUCCUGAACAAGCCCCCAGCUGAGGUAGCUGAGGACAGGUUGGCUUGUCAUCUCUGUGGGUUACACAACAGGAAAGGACUGGAAAGCUUUUUGGAGAACGCUUUCACAUUUGCAUCCAAAGCUUCCUGUUGUGUCAAUGUUUUUUAUUUCCCAGACUUUUCACAAGGAUGAAAAAGGUGAUGUUAGAGCAGAGCUCAUGAACACCUGAGACUCUGAGGUCACCUGGUUGGGCUGUGCUUGCAGGAGAUCCAGGAAAACUGUAGGCAGACAUGAUUCUAGAGGACGCUGAAAGAAGGCCAGGUGUGGAGACCUCCCUGGGCCCCUGGGAGAAGGCCCAGCAAGACAGGAAGACCUGGACGAAAGGGCAUGAGGCUUCCCUUCCCUAACAGGGCUAGAGCUUUAGAACAGCACUGUGAUUAAUAGAAGGAAGAGUGGGCAUGAGACAAAGUCCCAGUUCCUAAAAAUCAGGCAAAAAACUAAGGCAAGAUCCCAGGUAAGGAAUACAGAAGAGUUCAGUUACUAGAAUUGAGGUAACAGGGAAGCGCUUCCUCAAAAAGGAACAAGUCACAAGCCUUAUGCAUGAGACUAGGGAGGAUGUCAGGCCAGCAACAAGGUGACUGACGAGGACCUAGUAAAACACUGACUCAUGGCCACAUACUGAAAUACACUGGCACUGGAGUGGGGCAUGGCUGAACCUGCGUGUUGGCAGUAGACGGGUCCCUUAAGGAAAAGAAAGGUAGUUUUCCUGACACAUUUAACUUGGAUCUUUGCCCUGUCUUCCUGUUUCUUAAUUAUCUUUCUCUCCACAUUCACCAUGGGUAUACUCAUGUGCAGGUAUGCAAACACACAAACGUCUUAUUUAAAAGGCUUCAUGAUAAAAAGCAACCCUGAGCUGGAAAACAUCUUCUCUUUUAUUAAGUCUUGCUGAUUGCUUUUUUCAGUUUCUUGCAUACUCCCUUCAGAGAUCCCAGAUCGAACAUGUUCUCAUGCCAGUUAGGCUAGUGUCACUAAGUCAGUCACCUGCAGAAUACAGGCAAGGUAUAUACAUGAGUAAAGCAGCCCAUGAGAGAAAAGAGGGAGUGGUAGAGACUGCAGCUAACCAGAGAACAUGUCCCAGAGGGGACAGAGACAGUCUGCUCAAGCCAGCCAACCUAGUGUUGCCAGAGCUUCUACUUAGAAGAGGAUGGAUGGA